AUGUACAUUUUUUCAACAAUUCAUCAAAAUUUUGGUCUUUUGACAAUACAAUUUCGAGUAUGCGCAUUAUCUUUAUCGGUUGGUGAAUUUUGUCAUCCAGUUCAAUCAACUGUUGUUCAUACAACUUGUGUUCUUUUAAUUCUUCCUAAUAUUGUUGCUAUAUUUGAAUCUGAUGAUAAAUUUAAAGUAACAACAACAUCAAUACCAUAUUUCAUUGCAUUAGUCUAUGUUGUUGAAGAAAUAAGUAGUCAAACAAAUCUUUUAUUAGAUCAUGAUGUAUUAACAAAUUCAUUGAUAGAAGCUUUACUUUUAACAGUAUUAGCAACAUUUGUACGUAAUACAUCUGAUGAAAAUGAAAUGAGAAUUAUAUAUGAAUAUUUAUCUGAAUCAAAUAUUGUUAUUCCAAAAGUAUUUCCAGUUAAACAUAAUUUAUAA